GACGGACACGGCAGACCAGAAAAGGCUAAACUUUUUCCAAGAGGAAUAGGCUGGAGUGGAGUGAAUUAUUAUUUUUUUCAUUAUUUGAGGGUGAAAAGAGACAUUUGGACUGGCGUGUCUUUUCCAUUCAAAGGUGCAGCCCUGUGACGCACCUGGUCCCUCCUCUCUCCUCCGUUGCCGUGGUUUCCCCUUCGGCCGUCUGGGUUGUGCGGCCUCCGCCGCGGUGCUGCCCGUUGCCAUGACGCGCUCCAAGACGUUCCAGGCCUACCUGCCCACCUGCCACCGCACCUACAGCUGCAUCCACUGCAGGGCACACCUGGCCAACCACGACGAGCUCAUCUCCAAGUCGUUCCAAGGGAGUCAAGGAAGAGCCUAUCUCUUCAACUCAGUGGUGAAUGUGGGCUGUGGUCCAGCAGAAGAGAGAGUGCUACUAACUGGCCUUCAUGCUGUGGCUGAUAUCUACUGUGAGAACUGCAAAACCACCCUGGGCUGGAAAUACGAGCAUGCGUUUGAGAGCAGUCAGAAGUAUAAGGAGGGGAAGUUCAUCAUUGAGCUGGCCCACAUGAUCAAGGACAACGGCUGGGAAUGACCGCUGCGCACGCCAACCCGCCAACCAACAGGACACAACGCAACUCAACUCUCUCUCUCUCACACACACACACACACACACAGGCUGGACACAACUCAACCCAUCUCAACUCAACGGGCUGGAUCAUUUUCUGCAGUGUUGCAAUGUGUGAACUAUGGACAGCCACACACACACACACACACACACACACAGACACACACACACUCACACACUCACAUGCGUGUGUACAUGGAGAGACAGGCUGUUUCUCCCUGUUGUUUGUUAUCUUCAAGGACAUAGAGCAGUCAUAGUGACUUCUUGAUUAUUUUAAUGGAGAGAACCAAUCAUGUCAUCAAUCUCUUUAGUGUGUCUGUGUAGUCACGCCGACACAGUUGAAUGAGUUUAGAUGAGUGUACGUUCGCACGUACAUACAGUAUGUAUCUAUCUACGUAUGUUGUAUGUUAUACGUAUGCGAUGUCUGAGCAGGUUUGGGCCAGAUGCAGAGCUUGUCUUUCCCAGUGGAGCUGGGAUAGUAUCUGACUCUGACCCAGAUGUGAGCCGGAUGUGAGCCAAAUAUGAGUCUGAUGUGAGCCAGGUAUGAGCCGGAUGUGAGCCGGAUGUGAGCCGGAUGUGAGCUGAAUUAUCCCUCUGCUGGGCUGGCCUCUAGUAGAUGCCCUCACCCCCAGGCAGAGCUGGACUCUGCUUAAGGGUUCUUCCUGGUUUCAGACCUUUGGCUGUGUAAACCAAUGUGUACUGAUACAAUGACAAUGAAAUGAAAUCGAAUUGGAUUGAAUUUAAUUGAAUUGAAAUUAACUGAACUUAAUAGAAUUGAAUAUAACUGAUCUGAGUUGAGUAAAAAUGAACUGAACUGAAUUUAAUAGAACUCAGUUGAGUUGAACUGAACUGAAUAGAACUGAACUGAGUUGAACUGAACUGAAUAGAACUGAACUGAGUUGAACUGAACUGAAUAGAACUCGGUUGAGUUGAACUGAACUGAAUAGAACUCGGUUGAGUUGAACUGAACUGAAUAGAACUCGGUUGAGUUGAACUGAACGGAAUAGAACUCGGUUGAGUUGGUGCCACAUCCGUGCCAGAGUCAGCAGAGCGAUGUAUGACAUCAUCACCUCAUCAUCGGCCCUCUAACGACCAAUCAGACUUUAGCAGUGAUGACGAGAGAGAGAAUCAUACUGUGCAUAGUGUUUACUGUUGAUUUCAUGCUGUGUUGUUGCACAAGUGUUAAGUUAUGUGUGUGUGUGUGUAUUUAUGCCGUUCUUUUGAUCUGGUGUGCAAGUGGAGCAGUAGCUUCUGUAGCAAGUCUCCGCACCCAAACCUGUCAGAUGGUAGCAAUGUUUCUCUGCAAGGUCCCUCAAAAGUCACACGUGUUUGUGUGUGUGUGUGUGUAUAUGUGUGUGUGUGUGUGUGUGUGUGUGUGUGUGACUGUGAACACGCAUGUGUGUGAGUGUGUGUGUGUGUGUGCACGUGUGCCUGCCCUCCUUACCUCCACCAAGUGCUUCAAAGCUUCCUCUUAUGAAUGUGAUAACUGACAUAUAUGAAGCAGACACACACACAUAUGUUUACAUGUUACAUCACACACACACACACACACACACUACAGAAGAGUGUUUAGCUUCUAGCUGAGAGCAAAAUGCUCAAGCGGAGAAGAUGAUCCCAGAUCAGGAGAUGUGUGUUUUGCUGUUACAAAAGAUGCUGGUUGUGCGUGUGUGUGUGUGUGUGUGUGUGUGUGUUUUGCUGUUACAGAAGAGGCUGGGUCCUCUGAUCCCAGGCGAGGCGAUGUGUGUGUGUGUGUGUGUGUGUGUGUGUGUGUGUGUGUGUGUGUGUGUGUGUGUGUGUGUGUGUGUUCCAGAAGAGGCUGGGUCCUCUGAUCCCAGGCCAGGCGAUGUGUGUGUGUGUGUGUGUGUGUGUGUGUGUGUGUGUGUGUGUGUUCCAGAAGAGGCUGGGUCCUCUGAUUUCAGACACAAGAUGGAGAUGUGACACGCAUGUAGAAGGAGGUUCCCAGAAUGCACCUGGGCUGGCUCACAUGUCCAGUGGUAGCUUUCAGAGGAAAGGACUUCUAUGAUGACCCCCCAUCACCACACACAAACACACUCAUGCACAUACACACACACUCAUACACACAUAUACGCAUACACCUCUGCCCAUUCAAAACUACCAAAGACUUGUUCAUCAACGGAGAAUGACAACCAAACGUCCACAAGCUGAAGUCAUUUUGAGUGUGUGUGUGUGUGUGUUCGUCCUUUCUAACGGCGCAUGGUAGCGCGCGUGUGUGUGUGUGUGUGUGUUUACUCUGUGUCUGGGCAUUCUUGCCGGCCACAGCACUAUGUCUGGGUCCGGUCCUGGUCCUGGUCCUAUGUCCAGUCUUGGCUCUCGUCUGUUGGUCUGCGCUUUCCUACUUUUAUACGAUUUGAAGAUGAUGAUGAAAUAAAAUGUGUGUGUGUGUGUGUUUGAAUAUGAUGAUGAAAUUAUGUUAUUGAUUUCAGUGUCUUUUCUAAUGGAUGCACUUGUGGAGAGGAAUUCCAACUUUGGUUAAUAAAGACUUUU